AUGUGGAUUGGAGGGCAUCUUCAGGUAACUUCCUGGGGCUUUCUAGAAAUUGACAAGCAACAUACCUGGAAUCCAGCAGCACACUCUGACAAGAUGAGGGUGUUUGCAGACAUUGAGGACAUUGCAUUCCAUUCAAACAUAUCUGUGGCGGCGGACAUAACAGUAGCCAUAGUGUAUGCUGUGUUUGGUGUGUGCUCUCUGUUUGGCAACAGCACGCUGCUCUACGUCUCCUACAAGAAGAAGCACCUGCUCAAACCAGCUGAGUUUUUCAUUAUCAACCUGGCCAUCAGCGACAUGGGUCUGACCCUGUCCCUCUACCCCAUGGCCAUCACCUCCAGCAUCUACCACAAGUGGCUGUUUGGGAAACCGGUGUGUUUGAUCUACGCGUUCUGCGGCGUGUUGUUUGGGAUCUGCAGUCUGACCACUCUCACCAUGUUGAGCAUGGUGUGUUUUGUGAAAGUAUGUUAUCCUCUCUAUGGUAACCAGUUCAACCCGGGGCAUGGCCGUCUUCUGAUAGCCUGUGCGUGGGUCUGGGCCCUUGUGUUCGCCUUCUCCCCUCUGGCCCACUGGGGUGAGUACGGUCCAGAGCCAUAUGGCACAGCCUGCUGCAUCAACUGGCGCCUGUCCAACCUGCAGCACGUGGCCCGCUCCUACACGAUGGCGCUCUUUAUCUUGUGUUACAUCGUGCCUUUGUGCAUCAUCGUGGUGUCCUACGCGGGCAUCCUGAUGACGGUUCGAGCCUCCCGUAAGGCCAUGGAACAUCACGAGGCCCGGCCGGCCAAGAUGAGCAACAUCCAGGCUGUUAUUGUGAAGCUGAGUGUUGCUGUCUGUGUCGGUUUCUUCACAGCGUGGAGCCCUUAUGCCGUGGUGUCGAUGUGGGCAGCAUUUGGACACAUGGAGAACAUCCCACCGUUGGCAUUCGCCAUACCAGCAAUGUUUGCCAAGUCCUCCACCAUCUACAACCCCAUCAUCUACCUGCUGCUCAGGCCCAACUUCCGCAGGGUGAUGUACCGGGAUCUGGUGAGCUUUCGCAGGGCCUGUCUGAAGGGCUGCCUGUGCUCCUGCUCCCAAGGCGCUGUGGGGAAGUGCCGCUCCGGCUCUGUGGUCCAGGUCAGCCUCCGGUCACUCCGCAGACCACCAGGACACGACCAGUCCUGUUCCACCACCUCAUCCGCCAACCAAGCCCUCGCCGGGAACAGAGGUUGCAGCAGCGCCUGCGAGAAGUGCAGCAACGCCUUCGAGUGCUUCAGACACUGCCCCAGAGAUUGCCAUGGUGGCACCAACCCCCCCAGCUCCUCAGUCAACACUAAUGCACCUCAGAAUCAGCUCUCAACAGAUCCCCAGCUGCAGCCAGUGACGCAGAAACCGACACGGAAGCAGAGGCAGAAGCAUAAAAAACCGGAGGCCUGUCACAAGAAGUCCCUGCGAGCCACCAUGCGCGGCAAAAGGACCUCGGAGAUCGUCAACCUUCAGAUGAACUUGGAGAUGGUGCCGGGACACGCUAAAGUUGCCUGGCCCUAG